AAGUGCAUUCUCUCAUUCCAAGGCUUCUUGACUAAUCAAUCAUUUUUAUUUCUCCUUCUUCUUUUUCAUAAAUAUUCUUGGUUCAUAUUAAAGUUGUAAUAUAAUGGGGUUCUCAGCUCGUUUUCUUGGAGUUGUUCUCUUAAUUGUUUUUAUCAGUGGCAUGGUUUCUGCUGACAUGUUUGGCAGGCGGUUGCUUGGUGCAGGUGGCUCAGGCGGUGGUGGCGGCGGUUUAUUUGGCGGAGGAAUUGGUGCCGGUGGAAGUAGUCCCUAUUUAGGAAGUGCUGGUACCGGAACGGGUGGAGGAUUGCAUGGUGGUAGUGGUAGUGGUUCUGGUGGUGGAAGUAAUGACCAUUUAGGAAGGCGGUUGCUCGGCGGUGCAGGCGGUGGGGGCGGCGGUUUAGGGGGUUUGGGUACUGGUAUUGGUGGAAGUAAUGAGCAUAUAGGAAGUGGUGGUACUGGAUUAGGUGGAGGAUUGGUUGAAGGUAGUGGCAGUGGUUCAGGUGAGGGACACUAAUUUACGUUGCUGUUCUCAGUUCGUGGGAAUUACUUUCAACACUAACCAGUUCAGCUGGGUUAGUGGACUUUUGUGUUCGAACCUCGAAAUUUAUGUGAAUUUCCUUAACAAGGUUGUUGCUUCUCUAGUAUUAAGUGAAGUUUGUAUUUGGAUAUGGUGUGAAAUGUGGAUUGUGUUGGGCGUUUUUCUUUUGGCUUGGGUCGUUGGAUUUUGAUUUAUCAAAUUAAUAAAAGAAGAGCUUCUUGAUCAGCUUCAGUUUUAGACGUGUUGUAUCAUUUAUAUGUAUUUGUAUGUUUCAAUAACUUUAGUGGCAUUUGUAUGCGAAGCUCUUAAUGACAAGAAUGGAGUGUGAAUUAGUUACUUUUACUUGAUUUUUUAUUUUGGUUUACGCUUGAAAUUGUGGUUAAUAUAGCAAUUCAUUAAAGGUUAUUUUCAUUUGCC